AUGGUGAGAACACCCUCCAAGAAGAUCCCACUUGUGAUACUAAGCGAUGAUGAAAACUUUUACACUGAAGCUUAUACACCCUCAAAACACAAACCUCCUUCAACCUCUAAGUUGCACAGAAAUGGCAAGUCAAUUGACUCAGUUUCAGGUAAAGCCAAGAGAAGUCUGUCCAUGUGUUCAGAACCUGAUAUUGAGGACUAUGGCGAUUUUCUGAGGAAGAAGAAGAAGAACACCAAAGCAGAUAACAACACUUUACUCCACCGGUUUAGGAGCAAGAAAGGGUUGUUUGUCACCGAUGUCACCCAAACCGAAUGGUGUGAAAGGCAAAUGGAGUUUUCUCUCUUCUCUGAAGAAUGGAAGAACAACGAAGGCAAGCCAAUGUAUUUUGGAGGAGAAAGGAACACUGAAGCUAUGAAAGCUGGUAGAAAUCGACAUGUUCAACUUCAACUAGAGGUUCAGACUACGGUGGAACUGGAGGCGAAGUCAGCUGAGGAUGUCAUGGCAAUGAAACUUGUUAACUUCAUAAAUGGGGUGAAUCAGUUGCUGUUUGAUGGGUUAACACGCGAGCUUCCAAUCCUGAGUUUUGCUUUUGGAGAAGGCAUAUGGAUGGUGGGGAAGAUCGAUGAAGUUCAAAUGCCUAAAGCAAAGAAAGAUCAUAAUCCGAUACUAAUUGAGUUAAAGACUCGUUCCCAAGACACGGUUCCUUCAGAAGCACAGAAAAGAAACGGAAGGAUUCAGCUAAUGUGUUACAAGUAUUUGUGGGACAGUUUAGUUGCACAUGCUCAUCAUGAUUUCCCACGCAAACAGUUGUAUGAUUAUUUUGAAUUGAAUCNUAUAAGCUUCCCUUACCUCUAA